UGUUAUAUUUUGACCGUGGCAAUGGAGCUUCUACGGCUUUUAUUACUCCUUGUUUUGGCCAUUGGAACCAGUGAAGGUUGCCAGGUGCAGAGUUCCUCGAGUGAAACCACCAAGGACUGGUGGGAAACUGCACAGUUUUACCAGAUAUAUCCGCGGUCCUUCAAGGACUCCGAUGGCGAUGGCAUUGGUGACUUGAAUGGAAUCACUAGUAAGCUGGAGUACCUGAAGGAUCUGGGUGUCACAGCAGCCUGGCUGUCGCCCAUUUAUACCUCACCCAUGGUGGACUUUGGCUACGAUAUAUCCGACUUCUUUGACAUCCAACCGGAGUAUGGAACUCUCGAGGACUUUAGGGCCCUAAUAAAGCGAGCUAAGGAACUGGACUUGAAGAUUAUCCUGGACUUCGUGCCCAACCACUCGAGCAACGAGAGCGUGUGGUUCAAAAAGUCCGUGAAAAGGGAAAAGGGCUACGAGGACUACUACGUGUGGCACGAUGGCAAAAUAAAUCCGGAGACUGGAGCGAGGGAGCCCCCCACCAACUGGCUGCAGUACUUCCGUGGAAGUGCCUGGGAGUGGAACGAGGAGCGGCAGCAGUACUACCUCCACCAGUUCGCCGUCCAGCAGCCCGAUCUCAACUACCGGAAUCCCCUGGUGGUGGACCAGAUGAAAAGGGUUCUGCGCUAUUGGCUGAAUGAGGGUGUAUCAGGCUUCCGAUGCGAUGCACUGCCUCCGCUCUUCGAAGUGCUGCCCGAUGCCGAUGGCCAGUUCCCCGAUGAGGUGGUGAGUGGGGCCACCGAGGAUAGUGAGGAUAGGGACUACCUGACCACCACGUACAUUGAGAACCAGCCGGAGACCAUCGACAUGGUCUACCAGUGGCGCACCGUUUUGGAUGAUCACAAGCGAAUUUACGGAGGAAACUCCAGCGUUCUGCUUAUAGAGACAUACUCCCCCGCCUGGUUCACCAUGCAGUUCUACGGGAAUCGGAGCACUGAGGGAGCCCACCUGCCUUUCAACUUCAAUCUGAUUACAGUGAUGGAGCAGAGGGGAUUGAAUGCCAGUAACGUUCAGGAAGCCAUCGAUUUGUGGCUUAAUAACAUGCCUGCAGGUCGCACGGCAAAUUGGGUGAUAGGAAACCACGACAAGCUAAGGGCAUCCACUCGAUAUGGAAAGGAGCACAUCGAUGCCAUGAACAUCCUGGUGAUGAUCCUACCAGGGGUUAGUGUCACUUACCAGGGAGAGGAACUAGGGAUGACCGACGGCAAGAUCAGUUGGGAGCAAACUGUGGAUCCUUGGGGCUGCAACUCAAAUGCAGACAUAUAUGAAAAGUACUCCAGGGAUCCGGCGAGAACGCCUUUCCAAUGGACAAGCGGUGCUAACGCAGGAUUCUCCGAUGGAAACUCCACUUGGUUGCCUCUAGCAGAUGAUUACCAAACUGUAAACGUGGAGCAGGAAUUGAGCGACGAGCUGUCUCAUCUGAAGAUUUACAAGGCUUUGGUGGCACUACGAAAAUCGUCAAAGACUCUGCAGAAUGGAUCAAUAAAAUACCAGGCAACUGCAGACAAUGUACUCAUAGUUCAACGAUCUCUUACCAGUUCAGCUACAAUUGUUGGAGUUAUUAACUUUGGUUCAGCAGCUGUAACCGUUGACUUGAGUCAAUUCGACAAAAGUCGUACUGAAAGCUUGCAGCUGCUUAUAAGAAGUAUUGACUCCACAAAAACGGAAGGCACUCGAUACGACCCGAAAACUUUGAGCCUUGACCCGGCUGAAGCGUUAGUUUUAACCACUGAGUAAAACUCGAUUAGUUUAAAUGGAAAGUGUUUUGAUUCAAUGAUAUUCGUCUUGCUUUAUUCGUAAAUAUAUAUGCAGCCAAAUAA